UUGAACAAGCUGGGCAAGCGAGCCUGAUGUCACAUGUGCCUCAUCGGAAGAGACGGGGCAUCUGCAAGCUGGAUCUGGAGGAGGAUGCUGCGGCAAGUGAUCCACAGAGGGCUCAAAGCUUCCUUCUACUGGCUGGGCUUGUUCGUUAGUCGGCAUCCGGUAUUUUUCCUUACCGUACCCGCAGUCCUAACCAUCAUUUUUGGAUCUACCGUGUUGAGCAGAUUCAAGCCUGAGACGGACCUCGAGAUACUGGUUGCCCCGACGCACAGUCUCGCUAAAAUAGAGCGGAGUCUCGCCAACAGCCUGUUCCCCAUUGACCAGUCUAAACACAAGCUGUAUUCAGACCUGCACACUCCAGGCAGAUACGGGAGGCUGAUCCUGCUGGCUAAGUCAGGGGGGAACAUUCUGGAGCUAGCAGACCAGGUAUUGCAGGUUCACAAGCAGGUGUUGGAACUGCGUGUCAAUUACAAGGGAUUCAAUUACACUUUCGCUCAUCUCUGCGUCCUCAGUCAUCGGGAUAAGCGAUGCCUCUUGGAUGAUAUAAUCACAAUAUUCGAAGACAUUCGAUCGGCUAUCCUCUCAAACAGCACUUUCUCCAAGGUGCCGGUGAGCUAUCCAAACACAACAUUAAAGGACGGCCGGGUGACCUUCAUCGGCCACCAGCUGGGCGGCAUCUCCUUCUCCCCAGGCAGCCGGGAGCAGCAGGUGAAGUUAGCCCGCGCCGCCCAGAUCUCCUACUACCUCCGCAACCAUGGCCCAGCCGUGCAAGACACCAUCGCAGAGCGCUGGGAGAAGGAGUUCUGCGCCCUCAUCCAGCGUCUCUUGGGCCCCAGUGAGGAGCUGCACCUGCAGGCUCUCACCUCCUUCAGCCUGUGGAGAGACUUCCACCAGACGGGGGUGCUGGCCCAGGGGGAGGUGCUGGUCAGCCUGGUGCUGGUGCUGCUGUCUGCCACUGUUUCCAGCUCCAUGAGAGACUGUCUGCGGGGGAAGCCCUUCCUGGGUCUGCUGGGGGUGCUCACCAUCUGCAUCGCCAACGUCACCGCUGCAGGGAUCUUCUUCAUCUCAGACGGGAAGUUCAACUCCACCUUGUUGGGGGUGCCCUUCUUCGCUAUGGGCCACGGAACCAAAGGAGUGUUUGAGCUGCUGGCAGGCUGGAGACGGACGCGGGAGACCCUCCCGUUCAAGGAGCGUGUGGCUGACGCCUUCGCUGACGUCAUGGUGUGCUACACUAUGACCAGCUCGCUCUACAUCAUCACCUUUGGCAUGGGCGCCAGCCCCUUCACCAACAUCGAGUCUGUGAAGAUCUUCUGCCAGAGCAUGUGCGUGGCCGUCCUGGUCAACUACUGCUACGUGUUCUCCUUCUACGGGUCCUGCCUGGUGUUUGCAGGCCAGCUGGAGCAGAACCGCUACCACAGUGUGUUCUGCUGCAAGAUCCCAUCUGUGGAGUACCUGGACCGCCAGCCCACCUGGUUCAAGACCAUGAUGAGCGACGGACACGACCUGUCCACGCACCACGACAGCGCCCCCUAUCAGAAGCACUUCAUCCAGCACUUCUUGAGGGAGCACUACACGGAGUGGAUCACCAACACGUACGUGAAGCCGUUCGUGGUGAUCCUCUAUCUGAUCUAUGCCUCCUUCUCCUUCAUGGGGUGUCUGCAGAUCAGCGACGGGUCCAACGUGGUCAACCUGCUGGCCACUAACUCUCCCAGCGUCUCCUACGCCAUGACGCAGCAGAAAUACUUCAGCAACUACAGCCCUGUGAUCGGCUUCUACAUCUACGAGCCGAUUGAGUACUGGAACUCCACGGUGCAGGAACACCUGAGGACGCUGGGACAAGGCUUCAAUAAGAUCUCCUGGAUCGAUAACUACUUCCACUACCUGAAGGUGGUGAACGUGAGCGCCUCCACCAAGAGCGACUUCAUCUCCAUCCUCAAAGGCUCAUUCCUGCAGAGCCCGGAGUACCAGCACUUCACGGAGGACAUCAUCUUCUCCAAGAACGGCGAGGAGUAUGACAUCAUCGCGUCCAGGAUGUACCUGGUGGCCAGGACCACGGAAAAGACACGCGAGGAAGUGGUGGAGCUUCUGGAGAGACUCCGCCCCCUGUCGCUCAUCAACAGUAUCAAGUUCAUCGUGUUCAACCCCACCUUCGUCUUCAUGGAUCGCUACAUCUCCUCCGUCAUCUCGCCCAUCCUCACCUCUAGCUUCAGCGUCCUCACCAUCCUCAUCCUCACCAUCUUCCUGGUGGUCAGCCCCCUGGGGAACUUCUGGCUGAUCCUGACAGUGACGUCGGUGGAGCUAGGCGUGCUAGGCCUGAUGACGCUCUGGAAUGUAGACAUGGACAGCAUCUCCAUCCUGUGCCUUAUUUAUACUCUCAACUUCGCCAUGGAUCACUGUGCGCCCCACCUGUACACGUUCGUCCUGGCCAACGAACACACCCGGACGCAGUGCAUCAAGAUCUCACUGGAGGAGCACGGGGCGGCCAUCUUGCAAAACGCGUCUUGUUUCGUGAUCGGAAUGAUGCCUCUUGUGUUUGUGCCUUCCAACCUGAGCUACACGCUGUUCAAGUGCUCCCUCCUGACAGCCGGCUGCACCGUGCUGCACUGCUUCAUCAUCCUGCCUGUCUUUCUCACCUUUUUCCCGCCCUCCAAGAAGAGACACAAGAAGAAGAAGAGGGCCAAGAGGAAGGAGCGAGAGCGGGAGCGGGAGCGGGAGGAGGUAGAGUGCAUCGAAGUCAGGGAGAACCCUGAUCAUGUGACGAACGUCUGAGUGAUCAUUGGUGAAGGUGAGCGAUGAGCGUCAGCACUGGGGCGAAGAGGCUCCGCCCACAGACGUGUCAGAGAUGACCCGGCCCCCGGAGGGCGGGCAUUCCAGGCGCCCUGGCCAAUAGCAGCCAUGCUGGGCAGCGUAGAGAGCCGCCCCAUUGGUCCGUCCUCAAGCCUGGACAGAGGCGCGUUACCAUAGAAACCACCACUCGUCUUGACACCGUAAACACACAGUCUUGACACGAGACACUGAAAAAUCUAUACUAGCAACAUUGAAUAAUUAGCAAAUGAGCAAAUAUAUUUUGAGCUCCUGUAGCCCCCCCUGUGUCUGCUAGAGAAAGUGAAUGGACACCCUCCUGUAUUAUUGUCCUUGACGAUCUGACUCAUAUUGUCUAUUGUUAUCAUGUUAGACAUCUUAUCACAUGACAAUGACGAGACCACAUCUGAUAAGAUACAAAUGUCUGUAUUUAGGAGCUGUGACGACUUGCAAGCACCUUAGUCUGUCAGUCAGCACCCCUCUCCCCUGUGCCCUGUCCUGACAGAGUCAACCCUUCUUUCUACCUUCCUAGUGUUGUGAGGGAGAGAACAUGCUUCUCCAGCCA